AUGUCGUCCUCACCUUUAUCCGAAAAGCAGCCCCAAGCUACAGCAGGUGCGAGUUUAGGCCAAUCCAGAGACUCUGCCAGGGACCAAUUGAAUGAAAAAUCACCUGGCGUUGUCCGCAUUGAGGCCAUUGCUAGCCAUCUCACCUCGAUUACUCGCACGAUCCUGUUCGUCAGUAUCUUCUUUCUGGGAUAUUCGUUUGGGCUGGAUGCCGUGCUGCGCGGCGUGUAUCAGACCUACGCCACCGCGAGCUAUGGCAAUCAUUCUUUACUCUCAACGGUGAAUGUCAUUCGCACCGUGUUUGCCGCUGCGGCCCAGCCGACAACCGGAAAACUUGCGGACGCCUUUGGUCGCAUCGAGAUGCUAGGCUUGUCAAUCGUCUUUUAUGUCGUGGGAACGAUUGUUGAAGCCAGCUCGACGGGCCUAGCUGCGUUUUGCGCCGGUGCUGUACUCUACACUCUGGGAUUCACCAUCGUUCAGACAUUGGUGGACAUCAUCAUCGCAGACGUUACAUCCACACGCGUUCGACUGCUCGCCACGUACGUCCCGAACCUGCACUUUGUCAUCACGGCCUGGGUGUCCGGGAACAUCUCAUCGGCUGUCCUGGGCGGCACUACCUGGAGAUGGGGAGUAGGCAUGUGGUGCAUCAUCUUCACCGUGCUGGUGGCUCCUGUCGUCGUUACUCUGGUGUUCGUCCAUAACCGCGCCAGUAGCAGCACCGCAAACCCCCGAGCAACACGAUGGGUGUCCCUGGGCCAGCUAUUUUGGCAACUCGAUGUUCCCGGAGUCAUCCUUCUAAUCGCCUCCCUGGCCUUAGUUCUGACACCGCUGACCAUCGCCGGGGGAGAAAGCCUGAAGUGGCGCACAGCACAUGUCAUCGCACCCCUAGUCAUAGGAUUCUGCUGCAUCCCCAUCUUCAUCAUUUGGCAGCUUAGAGCACCGCAUCCACUGAUCCCAUUCCGACUCCUCAAAGACCGAGGCGUCUGGGGUGCUCUGGCCAUCGCAACCUUCAUGAACUUCGCCUACAUGAUGCAAGCAAGUUUCCUCUACACCUUGUUGAUCGUGGCCUUUGACUUCUCCAUCACAACUGCAACGAGAAUCACAACUCUGUACAUGUUCACCUCCUUUGUAGUGGGCCCCAUCUGCGGCCUCCUGGUCUACCGUUUCCGGCGGCUCAAAUACUUCAUCGUCAGUGGGACGGUCCUCUUCCUCGUUGGCUUCGGUCUCCUCAUUAGAUACCGCAGUGGCGCAGGCACAUCCUCCCGUGCAGGCGUCAUAGCUGCACAGGUCCUUCUCGGUGUCGCCGGCGGGCUAACACCAUAUGCGGCGCUCGCAUCGCUACAAGUAUCUCUCAAACACGAAGUACUCGGCGUCAUGAUUGGUCUGUUCCUAGCCUGUCAUAGUAUUGGAGAUGCACUGGGAAACAGUGUGGCCGGUGCCAUUUGGACACAGGUUCUCCCACUAACGCUCGCUUCGAAUCUGGCUUUCCAGGAGGACUCAACCCUUGGGUCACAAGUUUACGGGAACCCAUUUGCUAUCGUUGCGCAGUACCCGAUGGGCACCGAGAUACGUACGGCGAUUAUUGAUAGCUAUCAACAUGUGCAACGGUAUCUGUGCAUUACGGGGUUCUGUUUGUCUAUUCCGUUGGUUGCGUUUGCGUUUUGUCUACGUAAUCCAGUACUGGAUAAGAGCCAGAGUCUUGUAGAGAGGAAGGAGUUGCCUGCUGAGCCUGAGAGGGCAUAG